CCUCGUUGGAUUGACUGCAAUCUUACAGGAGGUUAGUAUGGAUUUACUUGAGGCUGUACGAGAGGCUGGUGUAGUCGUAGACAUCUUGCGAGCCGAGCGAAUGGAUGAAACUGUGUUUGAUGCCAUUUUCCAGAAGGCAGCUGAUAUUGCUUCGGAGUUUCAAAUUGAUGCAAGCGUGCCUCGCCAGAACCAACGUCAACGGAACAGGGCGAAUUACCAAGUUGAAGACCCGAAGACAUACUGGCGCAUUGCUUUGUACAAUGUUUUCGUCGAUCACCUCAUUGAAGAAGUAUCUAGCAGGGUAAUGGCCAACCAAGAACGGUUCUGUGCACAGUUGCUCUUACCAGUCCGGUUGAGGGAUCUUGACGAUGGUCAGACUGAUGUUAUUUAUAACAGCUUUAAGGACGAUAUAGAAUCGCCGAAAGAAGCGUUUGCUGACGAGGUUCGACGAUGGAAAGUGCGUUGGACCAAUGAUGAUAUCCAAAAGCCUACUACGCUGCUAGCAACGCUGGAUGCAACACCACGGACAGCCUAUCCCGGCAUUCAUCGUGUGCUGUCGAUACUCUGUGUAAUGCCAGCCACGUCUGCAUCGUGUGAGCGCUCGUUUAGCUCAAUGCGUCGCAUAAAGGCGUACCUUCGCAGUACUAUGACCGGUGAAAGGUUGUCUAACCUGGGCAUAUUACACAUUCACCGAGAGGCAGACGUUGACAUCGACACAAUCAUCAACAAAUUCGCGUCUGCCAAAUGCAGAAACAUGGAGUUUAUUUAACUCUUACCGUAAAUUAUAAAUUGGUAAAUAUUAUGUGAAAGAAAUUAAAUAUCGUAGUAUAAGAA